AUGUGGAUAAACACCAUAGUAACAUGGUCACCGAAUUUCAUCAUCUAUCCGAUUAUCGCCUACUUUUGUCACGAUUGGCGUAACCUGGCUCUGUUCAGCUGCGUCAUUUCCGUCGUCACAAUAAUCAACCUUUUCUGCCUUCACGAAAGUCCACGAUGGUUGAUUCAACAUGGACGAAUUGAGGAGGCGCGUCGAGUUCUCACGAAUAUUAGGCGUCUGAAUGGCAAAACAUGCGAAAAAGAGGCUACUGAAAUCGAGGAGAUGCUACGAUUUGAACAAGAGGCAAGCCACUUGAAA